GAUCGGAAAGGGAUCGUAACCGUAACGCCUUUCGCCUCGCUGUCAACCAGGCGUCAACCUACCGUAUGCACGUGACGAAAGCGUAUCAGCAGCGCCUGCACGUCAACUCGGCUACGGCUAGGCGACACCGGCGUUACGCCUAAAAACGGUAACUACGGCAAGUCGUAGCAGGCAGACACGUAAGCGCGUGGACGGAGAGACGUAAGCGCGGGGACGGAGAGACGUAAGCGCGGGGACGAUGAGCCGUUAGCGCUGGAAUUGCAAAUUCGGAGCCUGUUCCGAGGCGAGGCGAUUACGUUACUAUUCCGAUUAGUGUGCGUUGCAGUAGGGAGUUUAAUACAAACCAUUCUGAACGGCUCGAGGCGAUACGGUUACGAUCCCUUUCCGAUCCCAUAUGUGUGCCGAGACCCAUAAGCUUCUUGUAGGUACCUAAUCGGUUACGGGUUAUAUACAUAGAGGUUAUAUACAAACACUUCACUUUCUGUCACUCAGUCACUUUGUGAGGUUAUUUUUCAAUUAUGUAAUAUUAUAUUAUAAAAUUUUCGAACUUUAAGAUCCUAUAAUGUCUAGUAGAUACAGAAUUUUUUUGCGAAGUAUAUAUCAAUUUUCAUUUUCCCAUAGACGUAUUAUAUCCAAUGUAUCAUUUUCUCAAAUACCGGACAAAAUAAGAUUACCAUUUACUUUAGGAUUUUCCAUUCUAACACUAAUUGGAUUAGAGAAAAAGCUUAGUGCGGAAGACGAGUUGAUUUUAAUGAUAAAACAUUGUGUUUUAUUCAUACAAAGAAAUGAAAAUGCAAAGGCAGAGCAGUUGCUUCAUGUAGCAUUAAGACAAGCACAACAAAUGAAUCAUGAAUCGGGAAUUACAUAUAUCUAUGAUGUGAUGGCAAACUUGGCGCUUCAACGAGAACGCCUAGAUGAAGCAAAGAAAUUAUUUGUGGCUGUAGCCCAAAGGCUUAUGGCGAAUGGAGUCAAAGAUGAUGACAUACGUGUUGUUCAAGUAAGCGUAAAGCUAGCUCGAGUCAGUCAUUUACAAAAGGAGUAUACUACAGCACAGUUAGGAUAUGACUGGUGUUUAGAAAAAAUUAAGGAAGCAUACAAUAGUAAUCCUUCUGAAGAACUAAAGAAGCUUUUUGCCAUGACUGAGGAUUGGUAUGGCCGGCUAUUUGUUGAUUGUAAAAAAUAUGAGAAUGGUUUUAAUUAUAUGCUGAGUGCUUAUAAUAAAAUGAUGGAAUUAAAAGAGUUGGAUCCAGAACAUAUUGUUGUACAAUUGAAUGACUUGGGAACAGUUUGUGAUCAAAUGGACAGGGUCGAUGACUGUAUAAAUUAUAUAUCGCAAGCAAUUGAUCUUGGCAAGACUCUUCCUGAAAUGGAAGAUUUAGGUGCAAUGUAUGUUAAUCUAGGAAGAGCAUAUAUUAGGAAAAAAAUGUUGGAUACCGCUCGUCGCUACUGUGGACAUGCCUAUAAGUUGGGAAUUGUUAAUAAGAAUAAUGAUAUAAAACAAGAAGCAGAACAAUGUAUGAAAGAAAUAAAAAAUGUAGUAUAAUAUUUAUUUAGACCUUUAUUUUAUUGUUAAUAUUAUCCAAGAAAAUAAACUGUGAUGGUUAACUUUCA